AUGGGGCCCUUUCGCGGGGGCCUGCGGUGCAUCAAGUACCUGCUGCUCGGCUUCAACCUGCUCUUCUGGCUGGCAGGGUCGGCUGUCAUUGCUUUUGGACUAUGGUUUCGGUUUGGAGGCUCCAUGAAGGAUUUCUCCUCGGAGGACAAGUCCCCAGAGUACUUCUAUGUGGGGCUGUAUGUGCUGGUUGGAGCAGGGGCCCUGAUGAUGGCCGUGGGCUUCUUCGGGUGCUGUGGGGCCACGAGGGAGUCGCAGUGUGUUCUCGGAUCUUUUUUUACCUGCCUAUUGGUGAUAUUUGCUGCUGAAAUAACCACUGGAGUAUUUGCUUUCAUAGGCAAGGAUGUAGCAAUACGACAUGUUCAGACCAUGUAUGAAGAAGCUUAUAAUGAUUACCUUAGAGACAAGGAAAAGGGAAAUGGGACUCUCAUCACCUUCCACUCAACGUUUCAGUGCUGUGGAAAGGAAAGCUCUGAACAGGUCCAACCCACCUGCCCAAAGGAGCUCCUAGGACACAAGAAUUGCAUUGAUGAAAUUGAGAGCAUAAUCAGUGUUAAGCUCCAGCUCAUCGGAAUUGUCGGUAUUGGAAUCGCAGGUCUCACGAUCUUUGGCAUGGUAUUCAGCAUGGUCCUUUGCUGUGCAAUACGAAAUUCACGAGAUGUGAUAUGA